AACGGUUAAACAAAUGACAUUUCAGAACAGUACAACUCACCUUUGUUAUAAAAAUCAUUUAAAUACUUCAAUCAGAAUUUUUAAAAAGAAAAAAUAAAAAGUAAUAUAUUUUAUAACUACAACUUUUAAGAAAUCCAUCCCAAUAUUUUUUUAAACACAAACAAUAAUAAAUCUAGAGAUCUUUUCACCCAAAAUCAGAAGAACAAUGGAUGAUGAAGUGUAUCGGCAUCAAUUUAGACAUAAUUUUAUGGGUCAUGUAAAAAAUCCAAAAUUACAACAAAAAAUUCGUGAAAAUUAUUUAAAUGAGUCAUCGGCACAAUAUAUAAAAGAACAGUCAGCGAAAGCUCAACAAAAAAUUCACGAAUUAGACUCAAAUAUUGCCGCCAAGCAGCGAAGCUUAAAUCAAACUUCAAAUAAUGGUGGCGAUGCUGAUCGCUUGUUACACUAUCCCACCCAUGUAACACAUCACAGUAGUGAUUCCUAUAGACAACGUAGUAUGAGUGAUAAUUACUGCUUAAAACAAUUACAGUCCAAUCCUAAACCAUCAGCUCCAGCCUUAAACUCAAACUCUUCGCGUAAGUAUCAUUCAAAUGCCCUCGUAGAUGAUUGUAUUGGUGAUCAUCGUUUUAUUUACGAAAAUGAUUCAAAUUUGGGAGGACUUGGUGGCAACGGCUCAGAAGAUAGUGCUAAAAGUCAAAAGUCUUCGAAAACGGUGGUAAGUCGCAAAAGUUCACACGACUUACGAAAAAUGGUAACGUCCCAAUGUAAGCUACACGAAGUAAUCGAUGAGACUCUUAAACAAAUGUGCAAUACGGAAGUAGAUACCACUGGAGAAAAUCAUGCCUGUGGAUUGCAAGAACAACCAUCCACCCAGUAUCCUUUGACACUGGGCGGAUGCAAACAUUGCACCGAUCGGCUACAAACUGUACAAUCACAAAAAGAUGUAAUGACUGAAAUUGGUAAAGGAGAUUUUUUGGAUUGUCGGAAUACCGACACAUUGACUAUAUCCCUAGAUGAUGUUGUCAAUUCGAAAGUUAUUAAUCCCAUGAUUCGGAAAUUACAACGUAUGUACUUGAAUAAUCUAAAGGAGGAAAUGUCUCUUAUGGAAGAUUUGGAACGAAUGCCAUACAAAGUAAGCGAAGUAUAUAAAGCGGCAAUAUUCAAGAAAAAGGACUGAACGUUUACUUAUUGAAGGAAAAUAAUAAUUACUUUGGAAAACUGUAAGAAAAUUCAUAAUUUUUUGCAAUGGUGAUGAAAAACAGAGAUCAAAUUUAAAUAAAAUUAUUGUUUUUAUAAA